AUGUCCACCGAAAGCAUCUACUUCUACUCCCCAUCCCUCGCCGCCUCCAUCCUUUUCACGAUUCUCUACUUCCUCCCCUUUCUCUACCACCUCUACAUGACCUCUCUCGUUCCCUGUGCCACCAAAUCCCACCGCCCUGGCUCCUUCAUCCCAAUCCUCAUCGGCGCCCUCCUCGAAGUUGCCGGCUACGCGACCCGCUGCGCCAGCAUCAAGCAACCAUCCAACGUCCCCCUGUACGCCACCUCAGCAACAUUGAUUGUGAUUGCUCCCGUAUUCGUCUGCGCCAGUCUCUACGUUCUCACGAACAGACUGAUCCAGAACGGCUCUGUUGGCGAAAAACCUCGCUCCGGCUGUCUCCCCAUCUGUAUCCCCAUUUCUUGGCUUCCUAAGAUCUUCAUCACGUUGGACAUAAUCAGCUGCCUAACGCAGGGGUCUGGCAGCGGGAUCGCGUCGGCAGGGGACUGGGAAGGUGAUGAGAAAGAUACGGGCGUGGGAGUGCUGAUCGGCGGGUUGGUGUUGCAGCUCGUUACGUUCACGGUGUUUCUGAUCAUCGUGGGGUCGUUUCAAUGGGGGAUGAAGAGGCAGAGCAGAGAGGUGGAAGGCGGAGUGAGAAUGAUGCUGAGGGGGGUUUAUGUUGCAGGGUUUUGGAUCAUGGUGAGUUCUGCUUCUCUUUCCUUUGGUGUUUUAUGUGUGUUUAGGGGAGCUUUCGGGGGUAGUGAAUGA